AUGACUCCGCGCCCUACUUCCAAUCCUAAGGAUGCUGGAUCAGUUGACAAGGACGUCUUUGUUGAUCUGUCUCCGUUGGCAGCGUCUCUUGGUGUGACCGGGAAGCAGAAUGAGCGCGAGUUCAGGCACCCUAUUGUUUUCACGCCACCACCGUUCAGCCUCGAAAUUGAUUUGAGCCAGCCAAUUGAGCCAGUUGAUGCUAUCCCAGCGUCUUAUGCAUUCCCGUCACAACCGGAGCAGAUGAUGGCGCAGCCAAUUGUUGAUGGCAGAAAGGCUGUCAAAUUUGCCGAGCCUAUUGUUCAAGGAUCACCUAUGGAGAUAUCAUCAUCAAUGGAUGAAGCCCUAUGCAAGAUGGAGCAGGAUGUGCUCCUCCAGAAAAAAAUGCAGCCAAAAGCCCCUUCUAGCUCACCUGUCGCACACGCUACCACUUCUGUAGAUGUGCAGAGCAGUGCCACCCCAGGUUCUGUGCGGCAGGCAAGGGUUGUGCAACCCCCCCCCCCCCAGAAGUGGACUAUGAACCUCCAAUAA